AUGGGACAUUUUAAUCCGGUGCACAAGAGAAGCGUGGAGUCGCUUUACGAAUGAACGAUAUUUGUCUUCAGUGUUGAUCUCAUCUAAAAGGGAGCUUAGCCAGCAUGGACUUCUUUGAGUUUUAACAAGAAUAUUAUAUGUUGACUUUUCUGAAGGAGACAUGGAACACCCAACUUGUUUUGUGGAGGGAAUGAAGCAGUUUGUCGUACUUGAUGCUCCACCCACAGUGCGUUACAUCCCAGAUUUCAUAUCAGAGGAAGAGGAGGCCUACCUUCUACAGCACGUCUACAAGUCUCCAAAGACCAAGUGGACUCAGCUGUCGGGCCGGAGGCUGCAGAACUGGGGAGGGUUACCACAUCCCAAAGGUAUGCUGCCGGAGAAAAUUCCUGACUGGCUCCAGACGUACUGUGAGAAAAUCUCCUCUCUCGGUGCAUUCAGCGGGAAAACAGCCAAUCAUGUGUUGGUGAAUGAGUAUAAAGCAGGAGAAGGGAUUAUGCCUCAUGAAGACGGCCCUCUGUACCACCCCACCGUCACAACCAUCAGCCUGGGCUCCCACACCCUCCUCGACUUCUACAGGCCCGUCGGCAGCCUGGAGGGCGAUGCACCGGAGACAGAGGAGAACCGCUACCUGCUCUCCCUGCUGGUCAAGCCACGCAGUCUUCUGAUCCUGCAGGACGACAUGUACGAGCGUCUCCUUCAUGGCAUCCAGGCGUGCAUCCAGGACACGCUGACGGACAAGGUGGUGAACCUGCAGGCGGCCGGUGCCCUGCCAGGGGAGACACUUACACGAGGCACCAGAGUGUCACUGACUGUAAGACAUGUGCCUAAAGUCAUAAAGACAAAGCUUCUACUUGGAAGGAAAUGAUGAAAGACUGUGUGGUGACCUGAUAGGUUGUUAGAGUGGAAACAUACCAUCAGUGGACAUAUUAUCCAGACUGCUCUCUGAGUUAAGUCACAGGUUUAUAAUUGAGCCAAAUGUUUGCUAUUUUCACUUGAUUGUCAGAAAUUCUUGAUAAAUCUGCUUUGUGCAAAAGCACAACAAAUAUAAAUAUAUAUAUAUAAAAUAGAUAUAUUACUAUACUGGUUGUGCUUGGUGUAUGUAUGUAUUUUCUUAUUUAUGGAUUUACUUUACAAAAGAGCUCAACCAGUCUUUGUUUGUCAGCUGAUGUUGACUUUGCACAGAUACUGUGUUUGCAGUCUGAUCUGCACAUCCCAUCACAGCUCCUUGGUAGAGGGGAAUUUGUUGUGUGGUGUCUUUCAUGGCUCGGCACAGACAGAUUUGUCAAGUUUGAGAAAUAAGAAACACCAGUUGCACUUGUAGGAAAUGUAGGAUCCAGUCUUUUUCAGCUUUUAGUGGCUAGAAGUCAGGACUUCUCUGCUUCUGCUGCAUCAGUUAUGUUGAUCAUUCUUUCUUUAAAUCUUUCUUUCUGAUAUGAAUUUAUCAGUAUCAUUAAUUUUAUGCUGUCCCCUCCAACUCAACUAUGUUCAGUUCAAUCCGAUUAAACAAGAAAUCACAUUUUUUUAAACUAAUCUAUAACUUUCAA